GAUGCAUAAGUUUUAAAUAAUUUCGGGGAUUAUCUUAUUUGCAAAAAACCACUAACUCUAGAAUUGUUUCCUAAAUCUCUUUCUGUCAGCAAUUUUGUCUCGGUGAAACAUUACGAGCUGCGCUGUUGUAAAUUUUAAUACUCCGAAAAACCCACUCUCGCCACUUCAACCUUGUUAAAUGAAGCAGAUGGGUUGCUAAUGUAUUCAGGAAAAUUUUACAAACGUAUCAAAAGAGGCACUAGAACUGCAUAAAGGAGAGAAAGAUGGAAGAAAAGACAUUUUGGAAAAUUAAUCUAUUGUUACUUCCUGUGAAGAUACACUAUUUCCUCUUUAUGGCAGCUUUGGCAUGUGCGUUACCUUUUCGGACUGUGUUUGCUAAGCAAUUAGGGAUCUCAGCCACAGCUAUUGGAGUAAUAUUUCUCGCCGUUCCAUUUUUGAAGAUAUUCACAAACCCAUUAUUUGGUUUUAUAGUUGACUACUUUAAAAAAUUUCGCUUGGUUUUAACAGUGCUUAUGCUUAUAGUGGCCCUGACACAUGUCGCUAUGGUGUUCAUUCCGCCUAGGCUUGUGACAACCAGUAAAGCUGCUGAUUUUACAAAUUACUUACGAAUCAAACAUGUACAUUAUAAUUGUUCAGAAGAAAUCUCAAACAAAAGAAACAUUGAUCUAUAUAUGUGGACAAGGAAAACAUCGGAAAUCAUCAGCUUUCAGAACAGAAAUCUCACUUGCCAGUUACACUGUUAUGCAUCACAAGGCCUGUUGAAUAAUAAAGAAAGUACAGACUAUAUUGAAUUAUGCGACAAAAAUGUGAGUUUUAUAAUAGCAAUUAAUAUUAAAAUUAAGGAUUGUAAACUUGAAAUUCUGCCGAAAGAUGAAAAUGUUAGUAUUGUCAUGAAUAAUGUUUCAACAAUUGCGAGGGUAAAAUCUGUUAAAAUUCCCGGAGAAGACGAUAGAAAUUUGUCCUGUAACACUUACGAGGCCAAUAAAAGAAAUUACCCGCCUAAUAUGUUUAAUAAUGUAUCUAUCUUAACAACAACUCAAACUUACGAAAAUAUUUCACGAAAGAUUCUAAAUGACAGUCACUCAACUUGGUAUUUUUAUUUAUCUAAGGACAAUGUAUUCGAUUACUUACAGAAUGAUUACACUGUAUUUUCCAUUAACAAUAAAAGGAAUUUCAUUGAUUGUCAUUGUAAAGCACAGCUUCAAUGCUUCAUUAAAGACUGCCAUUUUAAUUUAAAAACUACACAUUUAUUACUUGAUGAACAUAGAGAUGAUAGCGAAGAGUUUCUUUCUGAGCAAUUCUGGGGGUUAUUUAUUCUUAUCGGUGUGUCAAGUGUCACUUUUUGCGCUGUUAUAUUCCUGAUGGAUGCUGUGUGCUACGAAAUGUUAGGCCACAGAAUUGAUUUGUACGGACAACAAAGAUUAUGGGGAACAAUAGGUUGGGGCAUUGGUGCUCUAGUAGGAGGAUACCUCAAUGAUAUAGCAAGCGUUUCAUCAGUAGAUAUAGAUUAUUCUUUUAGCUUUUAUUUACUUGCUGUUUUGACAUUGUUAGAUUUAAUUCCGGUUUGCAAACUUAAAGUAGAAAAUGUGCAUUAUUCACUUCACAUUUGUAAAGAUGUCGGGUUGUUGUUGUCUAAACCAUCAGUUGUCUUCUACGUUUUUAUUGUCUUCGCCAUCGGUGUUCUUUCCGGCUUGAUAUGGAACUACCAGUUCUGGUUUAUGGAAGAAAUCGGAGCUAGUCAAGUACUUUUAGGCCUUUCUCAGACAUUCGAAUGCAUUGUAGCUGAGUUGCCAUGCUUCCUUAUAUCAGGAUGGAUCAUCAGAAAAGUGGGACAUAUAAACUGCAAUAGUAUAACUCUUCUGUGCUUUGGUCUUAGAUAUCUAUGUUUUGCAUAUAUGCAAGAUCCAUGGCUGACCCUUCCAGUAGCACUUCUUCAUGGACCAACGUUUGGAAUCUUCUAUUCCUCAAUGACGAUGUACGGUAAAAGUGAAGCACCACCGGGUACAGAAGCUUCAGUUCAAGCUUUACUAGCCGUGGCAUUUGAAGGUGUAGGCGCUGGAACAGGAAGUAUUUUAGGAGGCAUAGGAUUCGAUAAAUUCGGAAGUCGUAACACUUUCCUUUAUGCAGCCGUUGCCAGUUUUAUUUUACUUCUGCUGAACCUUUUCGCUCAUUUAUUGUUACUAAGAACUGAAAAAUACAAAGAACCAGAAAGACCAAUGGAUAUUUAUGAGAAAAUCGAGAAAGCAGAGAAAACAGCAAACAGAAUAGCUUUUAUACAACCAUGACGGGAAGCAAGUCUGCAUAAUCUUAAGUGCCAUAAUAUGGCCAAAUUCAUCAUUUUUGCAAGAGUUUUCAAAGGACUUUCGAUUUACAAUUAUGUGUUAUUAAAUAUUUUAAAAUAAAUAAUUUUAUAUAAUCUUUUUUAUAAGAAUUUACACUUUAUGAUUGUAUUGUAAGCAGUAUAUAUAUA